GGAAGGCCAGGUCUGCAACUGCAAGGGAUUCUGAAUUCACGGAUAUGCAGUCAGUCAAAAGAGCAGCAAAAACAAUUCGGGGAAGGGAAUCAUAUUCGGGGAAGAAGAUGGAAAAAAUAUGUUUUUUUUUUCUUUCAGGAUGUGUUUCUUGACCUGACCGUAUAUACAUACUCCACUCUGAUUGACUGAUCAAUCAAGCUUAUUGCCUCCCCAAUGAUCCCUCUUCUUCUCCCUCCGGCUGUCCCUUCCUCUUUCUCUCGCUGGUCAUAUUGUGCCCGCUGCAGACGGCACACGGCCAUCGACCCAUCGUCCCUGACCCUCCAUUGGCAUGUCCCAGCUUCCAAUACUAGGCAACCACUAGGCACUAGCUAAUAAGCAAGCCAUCCAAGGUACUCUGAGGAAAGAGCAGAGACCAGCAGAGAGCUGGCUGCCUACAUGUGAACAUGUCCCUCGUUUUCCUUCUCCUGUUCCUAUCGAUCCCCCAUGCAACCUCCUUCGCCGCCGCCGGCGGGGGAGGCGGCGGGUGCAACCGUAAGCGCGGCGGCACGACCGUCCCCUACCCCUUCGGCUUCUCCGGCGACUGCCCCAUCAUCCUGGCCUUCAACCAGACCGCCGGCACGGCGCUCCUCCCGCGCGGCUACCCGAUCCUGUCCUUCGACCGCAACGCCUCCACCUUGGUCGUCUCCGUCGCCACCUCCUGCGACCGCACCGUCGCCGAGACGCGGGCGUCGCUCAGCGGCGCCGGCUUCGGCGUCUCCUCCCGCACGGGGAUCUUCGUCGGCGGCGGCCGCUGCAGCGCCGCGCCGCCGGCGGCCGCCUCCACCUGCACCGUCCCGUCGGACCUCAUGGCGGAGAUGCUCCGCACGGCGGGGUGCGGCGGCGCCGGCGGCCGCAACGGCACGGCCAGCUGGACGUGCGUGGCCUCGGCGCCGCCGGAGCCGAGCAGCGCCGCGGCGGCGCGGGGCGAGGGCCAGUUCAUGCGGUGGGACAGGGUGGAGGCCGCCGGGUGCGAGGACGCGCUUACGGCGGCGCUGUACGGGGACACGCCGCGGGGGGUCCCGUCGGUGGAGUUCAGCGUCGCGGAGCUUGGGUGGUGGCUCGACGGGAGGUGCGACGACGCCGCCGCCGGCGGCCGGUGCGCGGGGAACGCGACGUGCCGCGACGUCGUGACGCCGGACGGGGCGUGGGGGCACCGUUGCGCGUGCCGCGACGGGAUGGUCGGCGACGGGUUCGUCGCCGGCGAGGGUUGCCACUUCGGCGUGCCGCCGCCGGCUGAGCGUCCCAAGAAGAAGAUUCUCCUCAUAGUUGCAGGUGUUGUGGCGGGCGUCGCGGCGGGCGCCGGCGCGCUCGUGCUGUGCUGGGUGCAGUGCCGGCGGUGCAGGGCCCGGCGGUGCGGCUCGGAGCAGCUGGCGGCGAUGCGGCUGCUGUCGGAGGCGGCGACGUCGAGCGGCGUGCCGGUGUACUCGUACGGCGAGGUGGCGCGCGCGACCAACUCCUUCUCCCACACGCACCGCCUCGGCACGGGCGCCUACGGCACCGUCUACGUCGGCAAGCUCCCGGCCAGCAGCGCGCCGGCGCUCGUCGCCAUCAAGCGCCUGCGCUGCCGCUUCCACCACGAGGACGACGACGCGGCGGCGGCGGCGCUGCUGCUCAACGAGAUCAAGCUCAUCUCCUCGGUGAGCCACCCCAACCUGGUGCGCCUCCUCGGCUGCUGCCUCGACCGCGGCGAGCAGAUCCUCGUCUACGAGUACGUUCCCAACGGCACGCUCUCGCAGCACCUGCUCGACGCCGACGGCGGCCGCCGCCGCCGCCUGCCGUGGCGCGCGCGGCUCGGCGUGGCCGCGGAGACGGCGGCCGCUAUCGCGCACCUGCACGGCAUGCGCCCGCCCAUCUUCCACCGCGACGUCAAGUCCAGCAACAUCCUCCUCGACGGCGCCCUCCGCCCCAAGCUCGCCGACUUCGGCCUGUCCCGCGCCGCCGACCACCGCCUCGGCGAGGCCUCGCGCUCGCACGUCUCCACCGCGCCGCAGGGCACGCCCGGGUACGUCGACCCGGAGUACCACCAGAACUUCCACCUCUCCGACAAGAGCGACGUCUACAGCUUCGGCGUCGUGCUGCUCGAGCUCAUCACCGCCAUGAAGGUCGUCGACUUCGACCGCCCGCCCGCCGAGGUCAACCUCGCCUCCCUCGCGCUCGACCGCAUCGCCAAGGGCAGGGUCACCGAGAUCGUCGACCCGGCCAUCCUCGACGGCGGCGAGGAGUGGGUCAUGGAGUCGGUCCGGCACGUCAGCGAGCUGGCGUUCCGGUGCCUGGCGUUCCACAAGGACGCCCGGCCGGCCAUGAGCGAGGUGGCCGCCGAGCUGCGCCGGAUCAGGGAUGCCGCCCCGCCGGACUCCGAUUCCGACGACCCUGGUGCGUCCAGGCUCAGGCGGCCUACAUUGGACGUGGACGUCCAGGUCGACGUGAGCUUGGACGGCCCGGACACGGUGGGGGAGAAGGAGGUGGUCUCGCCGGUGUCGGUGCAGGAGGUGUGGGUCAGCGACCAAAGCUCGCCGUCGACCAACGGCUCCAUGCCACGCUUUGUUGCAUAAGCUAGUUCUUGUACAUUGACGAGGAAAACAAUGUAAUUUAUUUACUAAAAUUUUUGUUCUCGCGCUCAUUUUCUCUAGUAUAGAAUUCAUUGUACAAGAUAACAUCCAUUGUUGUAUAAGUAGUUACAGGAAAAUGUGUGACGUACAACAUCACAAAAUGGCAUCUUUGGUUUCCUUCGUUGUUUA